GGAGAAUUUGAGCCGCACAAUUGGGUGGGUAGAAGUCAACAAAAGCAAUUCGCGCCCAAAUUCCUCCCGUGGAUCUCAACCAUCCACGCCUACCAACUAACCAAAACAGAAAAUUUAAAAUAAAUCAUCAUCAUAAAAAUAAAUAAAACAAUGAGUACAAAACACACACUCAAACAUCAUACGACUGUGAGUCUGUGACUGUCAAGAUUAUGAUGAUGGCUGUCCAUUGUUUUAAUACCAAUUCUAUUCCUCUAUUCCCUCACAAAACAAUAUCAACAUACCAACAACAAUUUAGCCCAUUAUUUAUUUUCAACACUUGUCAUCGUGUCUUUUCAGCUCGAAAAAUUAACCAGUUGUCUAUCAUCUCUAAUGCCCGGAAGAUAUCGAAUAACAGGGUUGUUUCUGCCUUGGUUUCGGAAGAGAGAGUGGGAGGAUCGGCUUCCAACAAUGCUGAUGCGUUCAAGCUAACUUAUUUGGAGGGCAAUAGUUGGUUAUGGGAGGUUAGUGGAGUGAAGAUUUUGGUUGAUCCAAUAUUGGUGGGUAACUUGGAUUUUGGAAUACCUAUCCUUUAUGACGCUGCCAAGAAAUACUUGAAGAAUUUCACGCUUAACGAUCUUCCUGAACUUGAUUGUGUAUUGAUUACCCAAAGCCUUGAUGAUCAUUGCCAUUUGAGGACAUUAAGAUCACUUUCUGAAAAGUCACCCAAUCUUAGAGUGAUAGCCACUCCAAAUGCAAAAGUACUCUUGGAUCCUCUAUUCACAAAUGUAAUAUAUUUAGAACCUGGUCAAAACUUUGAGAUUCAAACAAGCAACGGUUCUAUCGUCAAAGUAAGGGCAACUCCUGGGCCAGUUCUUGGUCCUCCUUGGCAACGACCUGAAAAUGGGUACAUUGUAACAUCCCCACAAGGGCAAAGUCUUUACUAUGAACCUCAUUGUGUAUACGACAAUGAAAAGAUUGAAAAGGAAAAGGCCGAUAUCGUCAUUACACCUGUUGUUAAGCAGCUUUUGCCAGGUUUUACAUUGGUAUCAGGACAGGAAGAUGCUGUUCAACUUGCAAAGUUACUACAUUCCAAAUUUGUCGUGGCAAUGAAAAAUGGAGAUCUUGAUGGUAAAGGUAUUCUUGCAGCUAUAGUGAAGUCUGCCGGAACCACAGAAUCAUUCAAGGAGCUUUUAUCAAAGGAACUACCCGGUGUAAAGACACUAGAGCCUAUACCUGGUGUAGCCCUCGAUAUAUCAGUAUCUUAAAUUCCAUUAUACGUGUUAUCUAAUUUCCUGGACUAUUUCGCAUGUGUAAGCUUUCAAAGCCGUACAUCGAAUGAGUGGAAUGGUCCCACAUCCUCCCUUUCUUCA